CCAGAACCUGCCAACCUACUAGGUGAAAUCCCCCAAUAAAACUAGAUUACUAAGAACGACAUUCCCCAAUGCGGGAUGGCGGAUGAGUCAGCAUGGUCUCCGGUUGUGAUUUUUGACCUGGUUGGCUUACAUCAUCCUUCAUAUCGGACACUCUUUUCGGCCGUUUGCCUGUCGUUGCCUCUUGCCUACCACUGACUCUUUCCGGACUCUGGAUUCUCGAUUUGGCUUGUUGAUCUCGGCGCCUGUGUAGGCGCUUUGAUCUCAAUUUGUGCCCCGAUAGUGGUUGAGAGCCAGCCAUCUUUCUCUCUCCUACUCCUUUGCCGCGGCGUCGACGCCACAUCGUGAAAGGCUGGGGGCCAUUGAGCCUCAGCACACUCACUAGGACUGCCUUCGAGGCUCCAUUCAAGCAAUCCCUUGAUUUUGCUGCCAACCUAUAUGGGUUGAAUACACUCUGGUAUCUUUCACCCCGUGUGUAACUGCCCGAUUCGACGAUGAGGACGUCUGAGCGGGACGGCCUCAAUCGGCGCCGUUCCUCCACACUACAUUAUCAAACUUUUGAAACGCCGCCGCCGAAAUCGCGUGGUAGGCCGAACUCUACAUCAUCGGGAGGAGAAGCCAAUGACCAAGAUGACUCGAACCAUCACGAGUCCGAAGGACAGUCUCCAUUGCCCGUGAAGCAAAUGGCUGUUUUGGCGAUGAUCUCUUUGUGCGAACAGACAGCCUUCAAUUCUGUCAGUCCGUACUUGCCUGAAAUGGCCUCAACCUUUCCCGAGGUGGAACCAAACAUGGUUGGUGUAUAUGUCGGAACAAUUGCCACUGCGUUCGCGAUAGCACAGUUUGCAACGAACUACUUUUGGGGCUGGCUGUCGGACAGAAUUGGACGACGGCCAGUUAUUUUGCUGGGCACCAUAUUGACAGCAACAUGUUUUGUCGCUUUUGGUUUCUGCAGAACACUGGCUCAGGCUAUUGUCGUGCAGGCUUUGAUGGGCGCAGUCAAUGGGAACCAGGGUUUGGUGUCCACUUGCCUGGGUGAGAUCACUGACCGAAGUAAUCAGUCAAAGGCUUUCACCUACCUCCCAGUUCUUUAUGGUAUUGGAGGCAUAACGGGUCCUUUAGUGGGCGGCUUGCUAGUCUUUCAUCACAGCCCUUGGGAUAGCAGCAAGCCUAACCCGUAUCCGUAUCUCGCACCCAAUCUAAUGUCUGCUACAGUUCUGGUCGUAGAUUUUGUCGUGUCAAUAUUCUUUUUGGAAGAAAGCCUUGAAGAGCCCGAAAGUUUGCCUAAAUUGCGUCAGAGAGUCCGCGAUUUCUUCUCCUGGCUGUGGCAGUUUACGAGCCUUGCGAAACGGGCAAGAUAUGUUCACCCUAUCCCGUAUCGCCCUUUUCGCCAGGAUUCCGCAGAUACGGCUGGCUAUGACAGCGACCUUGACUCGGCUUCAGAGGCUUCUGGUUAUCGUGGUCAUCAACAGGCAAGUUUGACGGCAAGUGAACUGUUGAAUCAGGACACUGUAUUACUCCUUCUCACGUAUCUUAUUUUCUCACUGUGCAACGUCGCCUACAACGCGCUCUUCCCGAUAUUCUCUCAGGCUGCCCCUCCUACCGGUCGUGGCCUUACGCCCUCAGAGAUUGGACUUUCGCAAGGGUUCUCUGGAUUUGUCACAAUCAUCUUCCAGAUUUGUAUUUUUGGCAAGUUGAGGGAUAAAAUGGGGAAUAGAUGGUCCUACCGAGCUGGUCUCUUUGGUUUUGUGAUCGCUUUUCUUCUGAUGCCUUUUAUUGGGUAUAAGGGUGAUGACUCUGGAGGAUUGUCUGGCAAAACCGCGCUCUUAGCUCUUGAGCUAUGCGCAGUGCUGCUAGUGAAGACUAUCGCUACUGUUGGAGGUUUAACCAGCGCACUAUUAUUGAUUACGAACUCUGCCCCUGAUCACACAGUUUUGGGAGCUCUAAAUGGCCUUGCACAAACCCUAUCGGCGGCUGGUCGAGCAGUAGGUCCGUUCGUUUCAGGCGGUCUGUUCAGUCUGUCAUCGAGGCUCGAGCCCAAGGGAGAAGCGUUGGCCUUUGGCGUUUUCGCCGGCACUUCCUUCGUUGGGUUUCUACUUAGUUUCGGCAUUCGAGGCCGGUCCCUCGAAGCUGACGACUGGGAGAGUGACAGUGAUAACUACAAAUCCGACGACGACGAGCCCGAUUCGUAAGGACCAGUUCUUCAGCACUAAAGCUUUCCAUUUACGAUUAACGAACUUAUCAGCGCUUUACAUGCACCUACCGUGUUUGUAUAUUUGAUAUAUGACCCUUGUACCUUUUACUUUCCUUUUCUUAUUUUAAACAAGCGGAGAGCGUUUGGGUUUGGAGAAGAGUAAAUGGUUUCUCAAACUGCCUGGGGCUCAUGGAUGUUUCAGUACACGAUUUUGUUAGAAUCCGUGUGAACCCAAAUGGUAAAUAGAUUCGGAAAUAGACAUUACUGGUUUCGCGAGAUUCUGGUGUCUUUUUCGUCAUUUCAAUAUAUUUUACCACGUAGUUAUGGUGAACCCAAAAAGGACACCCUGCUAGGACAGAAAACAACUACCAGUUGAUGAUAAACAACCUAAAGUGAUAUAGAUGCUAAACAAAACACAGCAGUGCAUGAUCGUGACCGCAAGACGACAGAAUGAAGAGAGAUAUUUCCCUAACGCAAAAAAUGAGAAGCCCCCUUUCGGAACAAAAUAUAUAUAUAUAU